AUGGAGCAAGGCCACCCUAAGCAAGCCGACGCCUCAUCCCCCAAGCCUAAUCGCAGUCAGCGUUGCAAGUGGCGGAACGGGCAGUAUAGCGACAAGGGAGGCCGCAGCUGGACAAGCUCAACACUAGGGAAACAGUCCACGUCCUCCAAACACCAUCAACUUGCGGAGCUGUCAUUACUUCCGGAAUGGCACCAGCCGGAGCCGGAGCUGGAGCUGGAGGCCCGAUGCUUACAUGAUCUGUCUACCUCAGAGGGUCUUUUACAUACACCACCAUGGCACUAUCCCGAGUCGGGUCUUGAAGUUGUGCAGCCAGACACGGCCGAGAAGAUUCUUGUUACGCCAAGACGAAGAUUAUGGGGAGUAUUUGCAAAAGACCGGAUCUGUGGAUUGCGGAGACGGCUCUUUUGGUUGAUCUUGUGUGCAAUCUUGCUCGUCAUAGGGAUCGUGCUUGGGUUGGCGCUGGGGCUUACACUGCGAGGGACGGCCGGUUCGAGUUCUACAUCGUCACCGACCGCAGGCACACCGACCAUGGACCCAUCAUCUACGCCGUCGCCGACGCUGACAGGCAUGCCCGCUUGCCCAGACGCCGACGGAACGACAUACACGGAUCCCACCUCGAACAUCGAGUUCGUUAUGGAGUGCGGUGUCACGCACGACGGAUCUGACAUUUCACAUCACGUAGCAUAUUCGAUGGAUGACUGCGUGGCAUCGUGUGCGCAAUCGAGCAUAUGCAUGGGAGCCGUCUGGAUCAGCGCGGGCAAGCAGGGCACAGACAACAACUUUUGUUGGCUGCACAGUGAUAUGUCGCAGGAACAGUUUGUAAGGGUAAAUGCAUACGCGCAGUCAGCUACGCGGAAGAUGGGCUGA